CGGGACCGUUGUCUACGUUUACUUAUUGAGUCUAUCCGAGUUCCUAUGGCGUGAUUUGAUCGGUCGGACGCUUGCGGAAUAAGCGUAAUGCCCUCAAGCAAGAUGGCCGCCGCAGAGGCUUGAGCGCCAGGAAGCGUCGUGAACGCGCAGCUCGUGGACGCGCCUCCCCUCCUCCUCUGAGGGGACCGGAAGCGGAAGCGGCGCCAGGAGCUGGGGGACCCGGAGGCUGAGAGGGAGCGAGGUGAUAACGUGUGAGGUAACUGUGGAUUCAGACUUUUUUCAUGAACUGACCUGGACACUUCUCCCUGAGCUGCUCCGCAGAGGCUGGACACAGGAGUGCGCAGCGGAGCCAUGGAGGAGUCUCACUUCAACUCCUCCUAUUUCUGGCCUGCUGUCCCCACCGUCUCUGGGCAGCAGAUUGACAACUCCAUGUUCCUAAACAAAGUGAAAGAGCAGCUCGUCCAGGAGAAGGGCUGCAAUCUUGGCUCACACUACCCCACUCUCCUGACGCAGAUUGACAACUCCAUGUUCCUAAACAAAGUGAAAGAGCAGCUCAUCCAGGAGAAGGGCUGCAAUCUUGGCUCACACUACCCCACUCUCCUGACGGUACCCACGACCAUGUCCCUACCUGCCGGCAUCAGCCUAGAUGGGGAGAACAAGGUGGAGAUUCAUGGAAUUCCUCACAGUCAGGCAUCGGUCACACAGAACAUCACCGUCCUGCCCGUGCCCACCACAGGGCUCAUGACAGCAACCGGCCUGGUCAUCACAUCUCCUUCUGGAUCUCUUGUGACCACGCCAUCCUCUUCUGGUCAAACUUUUCCCAUUUCUGCCCCUUCCACCAUGAUUGUGUCAACUUUGCCCGGUACCCAGACAUUUCAAGUCGUGUCUGAGCUGACCAAGGCGAAAAUCUCUGAAAUGGGAAAUGUAGGCGUCCAAAAAUCAGGCCGUGGGAGGAAGAAGAAGAGAAUGCCAGAGCCUACCUUACCAGAGCUGCACGACCCCUAUGACUUGUCUAAUGAAGACGACGAAGAGCAUCAUAAAGAUGGGAAGACCUACCGAUGCCGGAUGUGCUCGAUCACCUUCUUCUCAAAGUCCGAGAUGCAGAUUCACUCCAAAUCUCACACAGAGGCCAAGCCCCACAAGUGCCCUCAUUGCUCGAAAACCUUUGCCAACAGUUCCUACCUGGCUCAGCAUGUGCGCAUCCAUUCAGGGGCCAAGCCCUAUACCUGCAAUUACUGUCAGAAAGCCUUCCGCCAGCUGUCUCACCUCCAGCAGCACACACGGAUCCACACGAAGGUGCAUAGUGCUGUCUCCAAGCCCCACAAGUGCCCGUACUGCUCCAAAUCCUUCGCCAACCGCUCCUACUUGACUCAGCAUGUGCGCAUCCACUCGGGGGCCAAGCCUUACAGCUGCCGCUACUGUCUGAAGGCCUUCCGCCAGCUCUCUCACCUCCAGCAGCAUACACGAAUCCACACGAAGGUGCAUAUUGCGGUGUCCAAGCCUCACAAGUGCCCGCACUGCUCCAAAACCUUCGCCAACAGCUCCUACCUGGCCCAGCACGUGCGCAUCCACUCGGGGGCCAAGCCCUACAACUGCCGCUACUGUCAGAAGGCCUUCCGCCAGCUCUCUCACCUCCAGCAGCAUACACGGAUUCACACAGGCGACAGGCCCUAUAAAUGCGUACAUCCUGGAUGUGACAAGGCUUUCACCCAGCUGUCAAAUCUGCAGUCUCACAGGAGGCAGCACAACAAAGAUAAACCUUUCAAGUGCCACAACUGUCACAGAGCGUACACCGACUCGUCCUCCCUAGAGGUCCACCUGUCUACUCACACCGUCAAGCAUGCUAAAGUGUAUACCUGUUCCAUCUGUAGUCGAGCGUAUACUUCGGAAACAUAUCUGAUGAAGCACAUGAGAAAACACAACGCUCCAGACAAUUCGCAGCCGCCCUCGACACAAGUCCUAUCCUCACAAGCGCAUUUCACCCCCGUGUCCCAGGCCCCCACGUCCGACGGACCCCAGUGCUCCUUUGACAUGAAUCCCUUCAAGACGGAUCAUCACAAGGACUUAUGUUUGACCGUCUCCACCAGCGCCAUCCAAGUGGAACAUUUAGCCAGCUCCUAGUUAUACAAAAAAUUGGACAGGCGGGAGGGGAAUGAACGGUCCCUGACCAGACAUGUGGGGGUGGAUUUAAAGGUCUGGACCAGUUCUUGUUGGGUGGGGGAAAAGUGAAAGAAAAAAGUCCCGUCGUGGGUUGGAACUUUGGAGAGAAUGGACUCCAUAAUCAGCCUCAGUAUAAUGGAGGUUUUCAAGCUAUGAAUUUGUUGAAGCCCUGGACAUGGGCUGGGAUCAGGCGGAGGUCCUGACGUCAACACUUUUGCUGCUUGCUCAUAGUAUACGUUAACAGCACAUGGAGAAAUGCAGUGCCCGAGCAGUGUUAAAUACAGUGCACUGCAUCCCAUUAAUGACUAUAUACAGGUCACUGGCCCGGAGGAUGCCAUGCACCGCUAGUGUUUUGAAAGGACUGCAGUUUAUAUCCAGCAAUACUGCCCGCACAGGACAGAUUGGGGGAAGUGUGGUUUAAGAUUUUUGGACUUUAUUUUAUACCCUAAUACAUAAAAUGGGGAGGGGGGAGGGGGGGCAGCUCUCUGUAUUAUAUAUUAUUUUAUCCAUAUCUUGUUCCUGCUCUUCCUCAGCUGACAUCUUCCCUGGAAGUACACUGCGUAGGAUUAAGACUGACAUUGCCGGUCUCGGGAGGGGAGGUGGCGGAUGAGUUCUGCAUUAGAGGAUCUAUUAGCUAGUUCUGCUCACCUGCCAGGGACCUGUGUCCUGGUUCAUACUAUGUAUAAAUAUAUACAGAACAAAGUGUGUAUAUCUAUCCACUGCUUAUUUCCUGCGCAGCUUGUCAUUAUUUUUUUUUAUACAUUCUUAUACAUGAUGGCGUAUGGGGAGCUUCCAGUUUUAGGUCCCAGCUCUCAAGCCAGGUCUUCUCUCUUCUCUGUAUCUUCAGAUGCGGUGUUAUUUUUCAGAGAUUACCCUGCUCUCUGUCCUGUCCUCCUGCCUACUCGCCACCCUGCUCUCUGUCCUGUCUUCCUGCCUACUCGCCACCCUGCUCUCUGUCCUGUCCUCCUGCCUACUCGCCACCCUGCUCUCUGUCCUGUCCUCCUGCCUACUCGCCACCCUGCUCUCUGUCCUGCCUACUCGCCACCCUGCUCUCUGUCCUGCCUACUCGCCACCCUGCUCUCUGUCCUGCCUACUCGCCACCCUGCUCUCUGUCCUGCCUACUCGCCACCCUGCUCUCUGUCCUGCCUACUCGCCACCCUGCUCUCUGUCCUGCCUACUCGCCACCCUGCUCUCUGUCCUGCCUACUCGCCACCCUGCUCUCUGUCCUGCCUACUCGCCACUCUGCUCUCUGUCCUGUCCUCCUGCCUACUCGCCACUCUGCUCUCUGUCCUGUCCUCCUGCCUACUUGCCACCCUGCUCUCUGUCCUGUCCUCCUGCCUACUUGCCACCCUGCUCUCUGUCCUGUCCUCCUGCCUACUCGCCACCCUGCUCUCUGUCCUGUCCUCCUGCCUACUCGCCACCCUGCUCUCUGUCCUGCCUACUCGCCACCCUGCUCUCUGUCCUGCCUACUCGCCACCCUGCUCUCUGUCCUGCCUACUCGCCACCCUGCUCUCUGUCCUGCCUACUCGCCACCCUGCUCUCUGUCCUGCCUACUCGCCACCCUGCUCGCUGUCCUGCCUACUCGCCACCCUGCUCGCUGUCCUGUUCUUACCUUCUCACCACCCUGGUCCUGACACCUCUUUAACCUGGUCUUUCUUUGCUCCUGGUCCCGAUCUUAUCCCCCCCCCCCCCCCCCCUUCCUCUGUCAUUAAACUUUCAAGACCUUGCCGAACGUGUUCCUAGCACUGUUUUCCUCCUCUUUUCUAAUGGAUAACUUUACCCAUCUUCUCGCACCUGUCCUGUUAUUACCAGUAUCACUAUAACUUGCUUUGUUCCAAGUCACCUUGUUGGAUCCAUUAUCAUUUACGGAAAAAAAAAAAAUCAGCCUUGGGAAGAGGCCAAACACGCCCCGUGCAUUCAGCUGUUGUGAUGUGGGAGGCUGCAGUUGUUGUCAGACUCUACUGGUGUCCUCUCCUGUCCCCAUAUUAGUAUAUUGUGUAGAAAUAAACCUCCAUCUACAUUGUGUUUUA